UUGUGGUUUGAAGCCUUGGAGACGUGAUGUUCAUUGCUACCUGACUGUACUUGCUCUCUAAUGAAGAUCUGAAGUGGAUGUGAAUAUGGAUGCAAAGCACAAAGACUGUUUCAGAUCUACAAGAAAUUAAUGAAAGGGACACAGGAGCGUCUGAGCUCGUACUGCGAGAUGUGACAGGAUGCUGAACCAUCACUGCAGAAGGAACCCAGAGUUACAGGAGGAGCUGCAGAUCCAGGCGGCGGUGGCAGCCGGCGAUGUCUACACCGUCCGCAAGAUGCUGGAGCAGGGCUACUCGCCCAAGAUCAGAGACGCCAACGGCUGGACGCUGCUGCACUUCUCUGCAGCGAAGGGCAAGGAGCGCUGCGUGCGCGUGUUCCUCGAACAUGGAGCGGAUCCCACCGUGAAGGAUUUCAUCGGAGGCUUCACCGCUCUGCAUUACGCCGCCAUGCACGGUCGCGCCCGCAUCGCCCGCCUCAUGCUGGAGUCCGAGUACCGCAGCGACAUCAUCAACGCCAAGAGCAACGACGGCUGGACCCCGCUGCACGUGGCGGCUCACUACGGCCGCGACUCCUUCGUGCGUCUCCUCUUAGAGUUCAAAGCCGAGGUGGACCCGCUCAGCGACAAAGGCACGACGCCGCUGCAGCUGGCCAUCAUCCGCGAGCGCUCCAGCUGCGUGCGCAUCCUGCUCGACCACAGCGCCAACAUAGACAUCCAGAACGGCUUCUUGCUGCGUUACGCCGUCAUUAAGGGCAACCACUCGUACUGCCGCAUGUUCCUGCAGCGCGGAGCGGACACUAACCUGGGCCGGCUGGAGGACGGCCAGACGCCGCUGCACCUGUCGGCCCUCAGAGAUGAUGUGCUGUGCGCUCAGAUGCUGUACACGUACGGAGCCGAUACUAACACCAGGAACUACGAGGGCCAGACGCCUGUGGCUGUUUCUGUCAGCAUGUCUGGCAUCAGCCGGCCCUGUCUGGACUUUCUGCAGGAGGUCACAAGGCAGCCCAGGACUUUGCAGGAUCUGUGCAGGAUAAAGAUCCGGCAGUGCAUCGGCCUGCAGAGCCUGAAGUCUCUGGAAGAUCUGCCCAUUGCCAAGGUCAUGAAGGACUACCUAAAACACAAGUUCGACAGCGUUUGACAGAAGCCCAGCCACUGGUUUCUGUAGGAUCCCUUAAGACUAUGCAAACUGGAAACCUCUGGGAACAGGUGCAGUGUUUUGUGCUGUGGAUCGGGGAGCACUGUAAUGGCCAUGUUGACUCGUUCACCGAUGGAGAAAUUCAUGACCCAUGAGAGACAUCUGAUUUGUACCAAAUAUGGUUUUUGUUCUUAAAUCCGACAGACAGCCUUUCUAAGUAUUUGACUUUUUCUAUCGGCUAAAUUCUCAGACAAGGCAAAGAUAAAACCUUUUAAGCUAUCAGGAGAAAUUGGCAAGUAAUCAGGUCGCCCUCAUAAAAAUAUGCAUGUGCUAUUGUUAUUUUUUUCCGUGGAGAAAUCAUAAUUUCAGCCCAUUGGGUCAUUAACCCUUUGUUGAGAAUCCCAUUCGUUUGUAUUGAAAAGCGCACCACAAACCCCACAGGCUCUCGGUUUGUUUGUUUUUUAAAUCUCAUUUAAUUUAAUAUUUGUAUUUAAAAGCUGUCGAUAUCAGAGGUGCUUGGCUUUAGUUUCCAUUUAAAGGUGAAGAAUAAGUCUAGUUGCGAGAGGUGCAUUACAUGCAUCCAUCAUUAACAAACUUUCUGUAAAUAUUUGUGUCAUAUGUACAGCAGAUAUUUUUAGACUAUUUAAGCGUGUGUUUUGGGGGGGUUUGUGACCUGUCGACGGGCUUUGAUGUGGGAACGUCCGGACUUCUGGGAUAAAAUGGAAAAUAAGUGAUGCUUAACCGAGGCCAUCAUUGUCUUGUUAUUAUGCACAUGAGAAAUCUCUUAAGGGUUUUUUUUUUUUUUUUUCAUAAUAUAUAAUGAAUUGAAAUGCACUUAAUUUGUUUUCUACUAAAUAUAAGCAUUAGUCAAAGUUCUGUGUAGCAUUAAGUUUAUUCAGUUCAUUUGGCACCACUUUAUUUUCGAUCUGUCCCCAUAAAAUCGGGGUCAAGUCAAGUUCCUCUUGACUAUUUUCUCCAAUCCGGUUCGAACCCUAGCUGCCUUUACUUCCGUCCGUGACGCAGGACAGCUACAGCAUCUCACCACAUCACGAACACCGUUCAAGUGCAUUAAAGCGGCCAGCCACAACAUUUCAAUGAUUUCUGUUUCUAGUUGAGUUUAGGGUGUUUGUUGGGACUGAACGCAUCUCUGGACGGCCACAAUGUAUUCAGAAGCAGGACGGAUUUGAGAGCCAGGGAAUGUUUUUGGGAUCUGUCUUCACUAAUCGGAAGUCUUCCACAGCUUCAACUACUGAAUGUAUAUAAUCUGCUGUUUCACAUGUACAUGUGUGUGAAUAAAUGGAUCUUAUUGCUGUAUUUGAA